GCAGAAUUGCUGUCCUGUUCAAUGCUCCACGGCUUGGGCGUUGAGCAUCACCGCAGACGUGAACUAUGGUGGCUGUGAAGCGGAAAGGUGUGCCGACAGACUCUCGUGACAGCACGUCUGCGAAGAAACGCUCAACGAUCCAGCAUGACCCUUACAUUGAUCCGUCUGACGACGACGACGACUCAGACGCAGACGGCGGGGUAGAGGAGGAAGUGAAUGGCGGGGACUUUGUCGAGGGUAGUGAGAGCGAUGAAAGUGAAGGUGAAGCUUCCGAGUAUGGGGAAGACCAAGCGGACGACAAGGAAGUAGGGCAUGGACAAAGGCUUGAGAAGAUUGGGAAUAAGUUCUACAAAGCACCGACAAACGAGGAGAUACAACAGUUGAAGGAAACUACAGAUCUCUUCAAAUCCAACUUGUUCAAGCUACAGAUCGAUGAGCUGCUGAAGGAGGUUCGAAUCGAUUACUCGAAAACGACCGCAUUAGAGAAAGCCCUUCGAAAGAUAAAGGACAUUUUGGAUUCGUUGAGCGAUAUCCCAGAAGUUUCGGUAGCGGAUGGUACUUCUGGGCUUCAAUCCGAAAACAUCGUUAUACCAUUUCCCGAUCCGGCACCCCCAGCGGAUGCUCAAUAUAAGUUUGCUUUCAAACGACCCAGCAAAGUGUUUGUUGUUGGCAGCUACCUAUUGAAAACCGUAGCCAAAAAUCCUUCGGGUGCGAAUGUGGACUUGGCAGUACAGAUGCCCGAAAGUCUGUUCCAGGAAAAAGAUCAUGUCAACUAUCGAUAUUUCUACAAACGAGCCUAUUAUAUUGCUGUGCUCGCUGCGGAACUUCGGAAGAAAACGGCUAAGCUAGGAUUGACGCUGGAGUUUGAAGCAUGUCAAGGAGACCGUCGAAGGCCGAUAUUAGUGCUUCGAUCGACGGGAACCGUUCCCGAGUACGACUUCUCAAAGCUUGGGUUCUGCAUCCGGCUAUUUGCCACAAUACCUCAAACCUUAUUUUCCGCCAGCCGCCUUGCGCCAAAUCGCAACAAUGUGCGACCAACCUUCAUAUCUGCAACUACAUCCGAUCAUACACCGACCGGCCGGUAUAAUGCGGCCCUAUUACAUGAUACAACCCUGGUUGCGCACAUGAACCUUCUUCAUCAUCAUGCAACCACAUGCGGCAGCUUUCGUGACGCAUGUAUUCUAGCCAAAGUAUGGCUUACCCAGAGGGCAUUCUCUAGUACAGAAGGCGGUUUCAAUGGGUUUCUGUUUGCCAUGAUAAUGGGGUACCUCUUGCGAACGAACGAUAAGAACGGGAACCGGAGAUUAGGAAACAACUUCAGCUCCUAUCAACUCCUAAAAGUGACGAUGGAAUUUCUGGCAACGCAUGACUUCGAAGCUGAGCCAGUUUUUAUGACUCCCGAUGGCAAACCUCUGGCUGAAAACGAUUUUUCUGUGGAGUCGUUCACACGUAACUAUGAAGUAGUGAUUGUGGAUCCAUCGGGAAAAAUAAAUCUGGCGGCGGCAAUAUCACGGGCUACUUUGGACGAGGUUCAGUACGAAGCUCGGCGCAGUAUCAGCCUGUUCAGCGACUUGCGAGACGAUCACUUUGCUGCGUUAUUUCUGAAGAAGGUCGAUUUACUGCAUUUGAGAUACGAUAAUGUCGCUAGAAUUGCUGCGACGUCUACCCGUCCUAAGUCAUAUGAUACGGCAGUUGCCCUUGACUUCCCGAGCGUACAAGACUACCUACUGAACUUCAUUCCUCGAUUGUUGAAGAGGGCUCUGACGAACCGCGUCAAUCUAGUGUGCGCACGAUGUGAUGCCCUUCCACCGUGGUCGUGUGACCAAGCCGCACCGACACAUGAGUCGCUAGGAACGCCAAUAUAUCUCGGUCUUAUCCUCGAUACUGAGAAUGCGGUUCGUGUCGUCGAGCACGGUCCCUCAGCCGAUGACAUUGAUGCAGCAGAGGAAUUCCGACAGCUCUGGGGGGAAAAGUCAGAGCUGCGUCGUUUCAAAGAUGGAAGUAUUUUGGAAAGUGUGGUGUUCGACUGUGAUGGGACUAUAGAACAAAGAUCCCUUGUGGUCGGACGCAUGGUUGGACACCUCUUACAUCGGCAUACUGGCAUUACGCCAAAAGAUGAACUUACAUACUGGGCCGGGCAAUUUAACAAGUUCAUCAGGGCACCAGGAAUUCAACUGCAAGUCCGAUCCUUCCAGGGCGCCAUGGACGCAUUCAACGAAUUCUCCAAACAUCUGCGACAGCUUGAGGGCCUGCCAUUGACAGUUACACAGACAAUUCCAUGCGCGGAAGGACUGCGCUACACAUCAGUGUUCAUUCCACAGCCAAGGAUGGAUGAUGAGGAGGCAUCGUCUGAGGCAUACCGACCUUACUACGAGCCGCUUGAUGUUGUGAUUGAAUUCGAGAGUUCAGGGCGAUGGCCUGAUGACUUGGCUGCAAUACAAUUGACAAAACGGGCUUUCUAUCUGAAGAUAGCGGAAUUAUAUAUGCAGCAACAUCCUGGUACACGCGGAAUCGUAUCCACUGGGCAUAACGCGGACAUACUGGAUAGCGGGUGUAUAGAGAUCACAACAGCUGCUGGAUAUACAUUUCGCUGUACGAUUCAUGUUGAGCGUGAAGCAAUUCUUCUUGAACGCGGCCUUACUUCGAACGCUCUUCCUUCUACGCUGGAAACAUACACAGCAGCCCAAAAGCGAUACAAUCAUUCUUUCAUAAGAGCUCCUUUCCAUUCCACUCGGUUGCAAAAUCUCUGCCUAAGAUUCCCUUACCUUCCACAAUCCAUCCGUCUCACGAAACGCUGGCUUGGAGCACAUCUUCUCUCUUCACAGAUACCCACAGAAUUGAUCGAGCUCAUCUGUGCAAAGGUGUUCGUGGAUCCAAGCCCAUGGGCUGAGCCAGGAAGCGGAUGGGUUGGAUUUAUGAGGACGUUGGACCUGUUGGCGAAGUGGGACUGGAAGCGGGAGGUGAUGAUUGUAGAAUUAGAGAAGGGGCUAAUAACGGCCGAGAUGCGGGCAAAAAUUGCAGAGAGUUUCAGAACGACUCGAGGGUUGGGAGCUGACGGCACUCUUCUACAAGGCAGCGGCAAAAUGAUGCCAGUCUUAUGGGUAGCGACAGAGCGUGAUGCUGAAGGUCAAUGGUGGGCCUCAGAGAAGCCGAGCAUAGUGGUGGUAGAGAGAAUUAAGCGACUGGCGGCAGCUGGGCUCAACUACAUGGAGUCAUUGGUGAAGAGCUCGGGUAGUGAAAAGGCCUUGUCGAAAAUAUUCCUUGCAGCACCAAAAGGAUAUGAUCUGAUCAUCCGAUUAGAUCCUUCCAAACUUCCGCGCUUUCGUGAAAGUCUUUCGUAUGAUCCAGAGAUUCUUGCGGAGACGAUGCCAAAGUACAAAAAUUUGAUGAUGGUCAAGGAUCGGGAGCUCGCAUUGCUUUCCGAGAUAGAUCCUGUACAGUGGUACUUGGACGAGUUGCAAGCCGCCUUUGGUCACGUCGCGCUCUUCUUUCACGACAAGUACGGAGGCGAUGCAAUUGGUGUUGUAUGGAAUCCCAAAACUGUCGUCCCCCAUCCCUGGAGGGUCAACUUAAGCUUCAAUGUUGAGCCCAUACUAGAUCAGUCCGCGAAUGGAGCCCCAGUUAAAGGCAAGAAACAGGGAAAGAAGCAUUGGACCGUGAAACCCAAUUUCCUUGCAAUGAUGGCGGAAAUGGAAAGGCUAGGAGGAGAGUUGGUAGCUGGCGUAGACGUAUUCACCCAUUUGGCAUAAUGCUGUAUGUGACAAGUAUAUAUAGUUGGCAAAGUGCCAUGUGCGCUUUUAGGAGCUAAGAAGUGGAUAGACAAAGCAUGUACAGAAAAGAGAAUUCAUCUCACCAACCA